AUGUAUAUGCUGUCAUACAAAGUAUGGAGGGUCUCGGAGACAUCCCACAUCAGUAAAAUGAAGGGGAUCGACAGCCUGGUAGCCAACACUGUCUACCUCAAAGCUCAGAACUUAUGCUAUGCAGACCUAAGAGACCAGAGGCUCGCCUUGUUCUUGCCCAAGCCCCUGAGGCUACCUUCAGGGAGUCGACCUCCCUACGAUUUCCUGUGCGAGCAGCAGCCUAUCGGGAAGAAGCUCUUCCACCUAUUCCUUGCGGCUUCCGACGGGCAGUAUGUGGCAGCGGCUGAGUUCCUGGAGGAGUUGGACCAGUGGGCCCUGGCAGAGGAUGAAGCCAGAGACAAGGCCAUGCAGAGCAUCAUCACCAGGUUCUGUCAACAGGACUCCGAGAGCUUUCUGUCCUACCUCACGGGCGACACAGCGCUACGAUGCCAGUCCGUGUCAGAGAAGGACUUUGAGGAGGUGAUGGCCGGCAAGGUGAAGGACGCCACCAGAACGUUCCUCAAAGGAAAACCUUUCUUUGAAUACCAGAGAAGCCCAUUCUUUCAGAAGUACUUGCAGUGGAAGGAAUUUGAGAAGCAGAAGAUCACCGACAAAUACUUUUAUGAGUUCCGGACGUUAGGUCAAGGUGGUUUUGGCGAGGUCUGCGCAUUGCAGGUAAAGAACACGGGCAAGAUGUAUGCCUGCAAGAGGCUGUGCAAGAAACGUCUGAAGAAGAGAGGCUGCAAGAAGCUGGCCCUUUUGGAGAAGCAGAUCCUGGAGAAGGUCAACUGCCUCUUCAUAGUCAGCCUUGCGUACGCCUACGAGAACAAGACCCACCUAUGCCUGGUCAUGACCCUUAUGAACGGGGGAGACCUUAACUUCCACAUCUACUCCCUGGGAGAGCGGGGUUUGAGCAUGGAGCGUGUUGUGUACUACACCGCCCAGAUCACCAGCGGGAUCCUCCACCUGCACUCCAUGAGUAUCGUGUACAGGGAUAUGAAGCCCGAGAACGUGCUGCUAGACAGCCAUGGGCAGUGCCGGCUCUCAGACCUCGGACUGGCCGUGGAACUCCCUGGAAGCAAGCAGCUCUGCCAGAGGGCUGGUACCAACGGCUACAUGCCCCCAGAGAUGCUGAGGCAGGAGUUCUACGACACAUGUGUGGACUGGUGGUCUCUCGGCUGCAGCAUUUAUGAGAUGGUGGCGGCCAGACUGCCAUUCAAGGACUUCAAGGAGAAGAUCCAGAAGGAGGAGCUGGUACGACGCACACUAGAGGACGAGUGCAGGUUUCACCACAAACGCUUUGAUGAUCCCACCAAAGAACUCAUUGGCCAUUUCCUCAAGAAGAGGGUUGAGCAACGGCUUGGGUGCCAUGGCGAAGACCCACGGAAACAUAGAUUCUUCAAGAAUAUCAACCUUCCUCGUCUCGAGGCAGGCCUGCUGGACCCCCCAUGGGUGCCUAAGACCAGUGUCGUCUAUGCCAAGGAUAUAGAGAAGUUUGAUGCCUUCUCCAAUGUGGACGAAGUGGAGUUUGACGAGAAAGAUGAAAAGUUUUUCAUGGAAUUAAGCACAGGUGCCGUUUCCAUUCCUUGGCAGAAAGAAGUGAUUGAGAGCGGACUGUUUGAUGAUCUGAACAAGCCCAACAGCGAGGCAACGAAUGGAGACGAGUGGAAAUCCAAAUCAUGUGUUCUUUUAUGA